AUGGCACCGGCUGUUUCAAAUGUUAACGGACACGAAACCCUGUCCCCGGCAGAGGUGCCGCAACAAGCUCGAAGCAGCACCGGGGACCAGACCGAGAACGAAGUGCUGCGCCUGGUGGAGACUCUCAAAAAUAUGAUCGAGGAAGAGGAUAGAGCUGCAGAAAGUGAAUGGGGUGGUUCCGUGGAUGAACCCGUUGAAGAGGCAUUGGAGGGAGUUCGUCAAGUCUCUGGUGGAUGCCCCGGCUGGACCGACUGGUAUGACCGUGACGACCCGUCUUACAGCGGAGACUGGGAGUAUCUGUCCAGCCUCCAUCGGGAGAAGCCCGGGCAGAUCUGCGCCAAGCCCUCGGGCAUCCAGGCCCGCGUCAAAGGGACCAACACCCCAGCCUCCCAAACUGGGCAGAAGUUCCACUUCUUCGACCCACAAGUCGGCUUUGUCUGCAGGAACGAGGACCAGGAUGGCAACAACAAAUGCAAGGACUACGAAGCGCGCUUCUGGUGCCCAUAGUCAUAGCUGGCAAAUAAUGCACCACUUUUGUUGUCUGGUGUCCAGUCUAUUGUCCAUUAAAGCAGACAAUUUUACGUCUAUUACGUUGUUAGGACGGGCUCUCUUUGGAGCUCGAUGCCAAUCCGACCAGAUAUGAUGCUUACUAUUACAGAGCUUAUGUUAACCUUGGGGAAUACUAGUACGUUUCUUCGGCUAAACGCCUUCCGUAGACAAAGAAUUAACACUGUCAAAGACAAGCAAUAGGUGUCUACCCUUGUUUUUACUUGUCUAACUUUUUAUUUGGAAGGAAAGCAAAUUGCCUUGAAUUACUUGCAUAUGAAUUAAACGUUCGUGCUUAUCAAACUGCAUUUCUCUACUGUCACUGACGAAAGGUGGUGGAUGCUACUUAAAAACAUCCGACAGUUUCUAAAAUUAUAUCCAGUUGCUUGACUAGCUGCUUUUUGCAUUAUGAAGCCUCUUUUUAGUAAAUGUUUCAUGUCAAAAUGUUAGAUGAUUUGAUUAAUAUGGUUCCAUUGCAAGAUAUUUAGUACAAUCACUGUAUAAUCAAUAUCCUCAGUGAAGCGACAUGUCAUGCGACUGUUGGUUCACUUGAUUUCUGAAGCAUUUGUUUUGUUUUAGACCUAUUUUAUCAUUACACUGUAUACACAAAUGUGCUUCCCUGGACAAAAUGCUUACGCGUGCUACGUCCGAGAGACUCCAUCACAGUGUAGCAUUAUUUUUGUCUUUAUGUGUCGAUGCCACCUGCUGAGCAACCAUACUGUUGUAGUUUAUAGAUUUGGGUGCAGAUAGCUUGGGUGCCAUCCAAAUUUGCUACAUUUCAUGGCUAGGUAUGCUUAUGUUGUUAUUUUCUAUUAGAUUAACGUAUUAAACAUCAAAGUUCAUAGAAAUCUAUAUAUAGUAAAAAAACACCUGAUCCAAAAGAUUUUCUACCCCUAAACACAAUGACGUAAAAAGAAGACUUGGUUUCUAUAAGGUUGCUAAUGUUUCUGGGUUUCGGACUUCUUUGUUGACCCUAAGAAAGAAUAGACAGGUAACUCGUACGUUUACUGUGGUGAAAGUACACUUUCCUUUCUUUCUUUCUUUCUUAAGAAUAAGACCAUUUACCUACAAACUUUUUUUGCUGUUCAUAAUAUGGUGUCGGUUUGGGACAUGUCUCCUAAGCACACUCACAGUCUACCUUGGUACCCUCUUUUUAACUGAGUAUUCCAAAAUUUUUAGCUGGACAUUCUGACUUUGCCUGGUAUUUUCCAUACUACUAGUAUACUAAACAUCAUUAAAGGGUCCCAAACUUUGGUUGGAAAUCUCCAAUUUAAAUCUGAUUGUGUUUGAAAGACUACUCAAACCUGUUUCUAAAAUUGAUUGGUUUGGUUUCUGCUCUGCUUUUCUAUUGAUAAUUGUUGCAAGUGCAUAGUUAAUACAAACUCUCCUAAGGCCAAAUAAAUGAAUGAAACUAACAUUAAACCUCUGUUCUAAAUGACUUUAGCUACCUUCAUUUCGUAAUCAGAAAAAAAGGAAGAAAGUUUCUUUGUUGGCACUUUUCGGCAACAUAUGACAUUUAGGACACAAACUUUAGAUUUUUCCCUUCAUUUUGCAAAAAACAGAAAAAACAAAUUCUGUGCCCUAAAGCUCAAAGCUUUCAAUCAAUGAUCUAAAAAAAGGUAUAUGGCCCUUUAAACAAUAACAAAAAUCGUAAAAUCGGACCCAGGAACAAACUAUUUAAAUUGACGUGGCCUAAUUAUACAACAUCCCUUUGUUUUUGUUACUUAAGAAAAGUGACUUUAUGCUGUAACGUAUUUGAGACUACAUAAUGCCAUCUAAUUGUACUCAUCACAGCAUUCAUUCAAGAAGUCGAUACUGUUAUUAGGAGAGUUUGCUAUUAACAAGAAAACACCCUCAACACCCAGAAAACACUGGUUCAUUUAAAUUUGGGAAAAUAUUAUAAUUUUUAGGGUCAAAAUCCCUCAAACAGCCAAAUUAACAACAAUAUAUGAUUAAAUCUCUUCAACCCGUAUAAGAAAACUUUCAGUACAAUAACUGCAACAAAUUCAGAAACAGACUUCCCAAAUUUAAACUGCCCAGGGAUUUAAGUUACUUUGAAUGUCAGCCCUAUCUGUGGAAUUUGUUACUUUAUCAGGAUAACAAAAAAUGGAAAACAUGUGCAUCUGUAUGUUUCAAAUACAACACCCUUAAUAUGAUCUGCUUUAUAUUCAGCAUUUCAUUGAAAGUAUUUAACAUCACUACAUGCACAAAAUGUAAUUGACUACCAGGUCAUACCAUCCUGUAAAAAAGCAGCGUGUAUGUCAUUUAUUGUUAGAAGUUGUGUGCUUUUUAGCAACAGGACAUGUGUUAAUAGAGGCACAUGGAUAGGUUAGCAUAUUCAUGUUUCUAACCUAUCCGUGUUACAGGCUUACUAAGCCGGCAAUAUACGGGCUAACCAUUGUAUGCUAACCGGUCACCACUAUACUAACGGCUGGUUACUUAAUUUAAAUACUCGAAAUACUGUCCUACAAUUUCUAAUCAUACCGUUAGCUUGAGAAAAAAAAUGAGUAAUAAGCAAUGUAGUAAGAAAAACCAUACCAUUGCUGUCGUUUUUACUAAACAAAAUA